AUGAAUAAUAACAGAAAACUGUACAUCAAUAUUCUAUUAUAUAUAAAAUACAUGAAAGUUUAUCCACGCCUAUGCGGAUGAAGUGCAUGUUUGUUACACUACAUACAGACAGACUGGGUUUAGCAAGUGUCGUCUAUCUUAUUAAAUAUUCUUACCACUGCCUCUCACUUGCUCUUUCUCCAUGAAUAUUAAUCAGGUGACAGAACUGCAGAGGGACACAUUUCACUGGCAGACAGGAACUGAGUGUUCGAUUACAUGAAAUUGUUUUGAGACGGCUAUGGCUCUUUCAUGACAAAUAUUUUUUGUGACUGUGUAUACCACAGGUCUGGUGUUUACAUUCUUAGCCCUUGCAAGCAGUAGCUGUUUGCCGUCCUGAACAGUUUGGCAGGCUCGUCAUGAAGCUAGAGAUGCCAGAAACCUUUGAAGAUGUUGCUGUUGAGUUUUCAAGAGAGGAGUGGAAGUUGCUGAGUGAAGAAGAGAAAGAGCUACACAGAGAAGUGAUGGUACAGAACUACGAGAACAUGAUUUCCAUAGGAUAUAACAUCCCAGUGGACAGCCUUUACUUAUUUAUUAAGAAAUACGAGUCAGUUCCAUCUGGUGACACCAACGCAGGAUCAAUGGUGUGGAAAAAACAACUUAGCAGUAAGUACAUAACGAUUCCAUAUUAUUCUACUCAUAAUUAGGAGCAAGUUAAAAAUCUGGAGGAGAUAAAGGGGGGGUAUGUCUACUACAUAUAGGUGUAUUACACCUCCAGAAGUCUGAAAGCACCCCAACAUCAUUCAUUGUG